AGCGAGCGGCGCGGCGUCCACUUUCCCCAACGACAACUCCCCACUCAACUCCAACUCCAACCACCACCCACCGCCCGCCGCCACCUCUCCUCUCAUCAUCUCCUUCCCCGACGGGCACGCCAUGCUCUCCAUCCCCGCGCUCGCCAGGGCCCUCCUCGCGAUCCUCCGCGCCGUCCUCCUCCACCUCCGCGCCGCCCCCGCCUCCACCCACCACCUCUUCUUCUUCUCCACCUAGCCACCCACUCAUGUCUACCGCCGCGGCGGCGGCGGCGCUGCGCAGAUCCGGCAGCAACAGCCUCUCUGCCCUCCUGCGCGCCGAGCAGGAGGAAGACGACCCGCCGCCCGCUCCCGCUGCUGCUGCUCCCGACGCCACCAAGCAGCGCGGCCCCGGCGGCGGCGGACGAGCGCGGGGCAGGACCAGGAGGAGCUACCUCCGCCUGCCCCUCGCCGGCGCCGGCGGCUGCCGCGUCUGCGCCUGCGACGAGGCGGAACCCGCCCCUCCGCGCCGCCGCCUCCCGGGCGACGCCGAAGACGAGGCUGCUCCGGCCGAGGAGGAGGGGCCUGUCCCUGCCGCCGCGCUCCAGUGCUUCUCCUGGAAGAAGCCGCCCGCCAUCCCCGUCACCCGCCGCGGCCGACCACUAGCGCCUGAAGAUUCGUUGGCGGCGGGGGUGGUGGUGACAUCGGAGGAGUUCCCGGCGACCACCCUGGCGGCGCUCCCGGACGACCUGCUGGAGAUGGUCCUAACCCGGCUCCCGCUCUCCGCCCUCCUCGCCGCGCGCUGCGCGUGCCGCCGCUGGAGGGACCUCACCGUCGCCCCGCAGCUCCUGCGCCUGCGCCGCGAGGCCCCAGCGCAGCGGUGGCGCCGGGUCGGGGCGGCCGCGCUCGCGGGCAGGUCGCUCUUCUCCGUCGCCGGCGUCGGCGACGAGCUCUUCGUCGUCGGCGGCCGGUCUGUAGGGUCUGCAUCCACCGCAGGGUCCGCCAAGACGCACAAGGGCGUCCUCGUGUACAGCCCGCUCACGGGCGCGUGGCGGAAGGCGGCCCCGAUGCGGGGGGCGCGGUCCCGGCCCGUGCUGGGGGUGUUCGAGAUGUCCGCCAGCCGCAGCGCCGCCCACGCCCGCGCCGAGAAGCACGUGCGCCGGGCUAAUUCUAACGGCGGAGGCAAGUUCCGGCUCGGCGGCACCUCCGCCGUGUACGAGGACCCGCACCGGCUCUCCCUCCGGCGGCUCCGCCUCCGCGACGUCCUCACCGACGACACCACCGAUUCCGCCACCGCCCCUGCUGCUCGUGCCCACGGCAAGGUUGUUCCCAAGCAACCGAACAAGCCGGCCCAGCCAAGGCAGGCGCUGAUCGCGGUCGGCGGCCGCGGCCCGUGGGACGAGCCGCUGGUGUCCGCCGAGAUGUACGACCCCGUGACCGACAAGUGGGUGGAGAUCGCCGGCUUCCCCACGGACGUCGGCCUGGCGUGCUCGGGCGCGGUCUGCGGCGACGCCUUCUACGUCUACUGCGAGUCUGACACGCUCGUGGCCUACCACCUGGACGCCGGCGCGUGGUCCGUCGUCCAGACCUCCGCCCGCGCGCCGCCCAGGCUCCGCGACUACGCGCCGGCGCUGGUCUGCUGCGCGUCGCGGCUCUUCAUGCUCUGCGUCUCCUGGUGCGACCCGGCGGGCCGCCGGGACAAGGUGGUGCGCAAGGUGUUCGAGCUGGUGGACAUCUCCUCGUCGUCGUCGUCGUCGCUGCCGAAGUGGGCCGAGGCGUCGUCGCACCCGGACGCGCCCAUGGACCCCAACGCGGCCUUCGCCGCCGGCCAGGGCAGGAUCUACGCCGUGGAGAUGUUCAGGAUCUUCGGCAAGGUGCUCGACUUCGCGACGUCGUGCGGCGUCUCGGCUGACGCCGCCGAGCAGGAGCAGAGCUGGAGCCGCGUCGCCCGGAGCAACGCCGCCGCCGAGGCCGACGCCAUGUCCUGCCGCCUCAAGUCCAUGGCCGUGCUGCAACUCUGAUGAUUGGCAUCGUCUCUCUUCUCUGCUGUUUUACCUACAUACACUGAUCUGUUCUGUUGAUUCCAUGAGCUGACUGACAUGCAGCUCGGUACAGUCAUUCCAUUGCGUGCAGCCAUUGCUGCGACUCUUGAGUUCGUUCAACUUGGUUUAUAAUACAAGAAAGAUGCUUACACCAUUUUACUA